GAGGGCAGGAGGGCCGGGCGAACCGAGAAAGGCGGGCUGAUAGUUUAUUUACGCGCAGCUCGGGGGACGCCUCCGUCCGCAAUCUUGCUCUAACCCUCCUGGAACCCUGGCCGGCUUGGAUUUCCCUCUCAGGCCUCCGUUGGACCUAGUGGGCCGGAACCAUGGCCUCGUUCCAUCUAGAUCAUCUAAAGAACUACCACAGAAGAUUUUGCCGGCCUUCCAGAGCACCCAACAUUCAUACAAAGAAAGGCCAGAACAUGCUGGAAAUCUUACAAGAUUGUUUUGAAGAACAGAAUUUUACAGAGUCAUUGACUUUAACACCUAAAGAGAAAGCCGAUUAUAGUCAAUCAUUAGGCGAAGAGUGCCCAGCGUCACAUUCAAAGCCAGUUCCAGUGUCUUCAAAGACGGGAGAAGCUCCUCUGCAAGCCUCUGCAGAGCCAAGGGAAGCCGCCAGCGGAUCAGUUCAGGCUAAUGAAGUUCACCAUGGUGCAUCUGAUGAAUCGCGCUCAUCUAUUGGCUCCCCUGUGGUUCUUUUGGGUGCAAACAUGUCGGCGUCACAGAAAGCUGUUUCAUCUGCUGGCCAAAAGAGAGUGGCUUCUGUCGCAAGGAGUCCAGUAGAUAAGCAGGCUUCAAAUACAAACAUUUCUUUUAAAACCAGGAAAAGGUUAAAUUUUGAAGAUAAAGUUAUUUCAAACACAGCAGAAAUAGAGAACAGUGCGUUACCAGUAGAGGAUAACAUAUCCGAGGGACAAGAAGGGACAUCAUCAGAAAUUACUCAGAAAAGAGACGAUCUGAGUUUUGAAGUCCAAUCACGUUCUAAGAAGAGUUUUUCAGAGUUAUAUUUAGAGACUGUCAAGAGGAAAAAUAAAUCCAGUUCCGUGGUCAGGCACACAGCAGCAGUUCCAUCUUCUCCGCCUCCUCUAAACGACAUAAAAUUAUUAGAAGAUGAAUUUAUUAUUGAUGGGUCAGAUAGAAGUUUUUCAAGUCGACCUUGGGUGCUGAUACCAAAGAAAGACAGGCAUCUGAGCCCCCACAAGCCAUCUCCUGAAAACAUUGCACUGCUUCAAGGUAAGAAGUCAAGAGAGAAACCUCAGAGUUUAUCUGCAACGACUUUUGUAAGUAACACACAGUCUGAUAAGGCUCACCCAGUAGAGGAAGCUCAGCUCUCUGUUGAUGAAAACCUGGGAACUACUUGGACUGAUGAGUUGGAGAAUGACUGUAGAUCUACAGAAAAUAAAAUGCACUCUAAGACUGCCAAAAAACCACCUGCACGGAAAAGAACUACGAAACGGAAGCAGAGGAGAGUGUCUAAGCCUAAAGAAGCUGAAGAGCUCAGUGUGGGACAGAGCAACCGUGAGAAUAGCAGUGUGUCAAACACUGGCCAAGACAAGUUACAGAUCAAUUCGAAAAGAAAUAUGAGGGACUGUGAAGAGGUGAGGAAUGAGCCUAGUCCCAAGAAACAUAAGGCAGCUCUUGAAAAUAAGAAAAAAACCAAUAGCACCCAAACCAAUAAGGGGAAAUCUGGAAAGAAAUGUUUUUCUGGUGGGUCCAAGAACAAAUUUGUUCCUGAAGAAGUAACUGUGGCUUCCAGGAGAGAGCGUAGAGUUUCUCAGCAUCCAUCUGACUGGUGGAUCGUAAAACCAGAUGAAAGUUCUGUUGAUGGAAAUUCUUCAAAAGAAAAUGACUCAUCAGUGGUAUAUCCCAAUAAAAAAAAACAGACUAAGAGAAAUCAUGUAUCUAAGAAUACUGGGAAGAAAUCUUGUCCAUCAAAAAGACAGAAGACAGAGAUCAGCUCAAGAGUACAGAAGUCUUUAAAUGUAAAGGGUUCUGGAGGAACUGUUAGUGGCCAUGAUGACAUUUCUAGUUCCCAGAGGAAGCCAUUGAAAAGCAUUGAGGCAGAUCCAACUCAGAAGAGCCUUGAUAUUUCUGGACCUAAAAGAGGCUGUAAGUAUCAAAACAAUGUUAUGAUAUCACCAAAUGUUCAUUUAAAGUCUCAUACUGAGGAAUAUACAAGCAAGACACAAAUGGAGUCUGCUUCAAAUUCAGAAGUGUCUAAACGUUCAGUGUGGGAAGAAAGUGGACCUUCCAGGCUCAAGAAUUAUGAAAUGCCAGGAAGCAGUAAUUCUGUGUUGGAUAAUGAAAAGGACCAGAAGAGUUUGCAUUUGAAAACAAGAAGUUCUAAUAUGGUACCAGAUAAAAAAUUACAUCACAAAUUAGUACUGCCCUCCAGCUCACCAGGUGUUCGUCGAUCUAAUAGAAUACGUUUGAAACCUCUGGAGUAUUGGCGAGGGGAACGAAUAGAUUAUCAAGAAAGCUCCUCUGGACGACUUGUGGUUGAAAUAGUAUCCCCAGCUUCAGCAUCCACCAAAAUAAAGGCAAAGAGAAACCUCGGCAAAGUCAACAAAAAAGUUACCAAGAAACAGUUCCAACUCGAUAGCUGUGAAAGGACUAAGAUGAAGUUGACUCGGGAUGUACCUCUGGGAGAUCCCUUUCAGGCAACAUUGGUAAAGGACCCAGAAACAAGAGAGCUUGUCCCCAUGGAUCUUAUAAGACCGCGAGAUACAUACCACUUUUUUGUUGAGCAACAUGGUUUGAAAGUUUUUAAAACAUUGGAUACAACAUUUUUUUCUACUGGAAAAUUGGUUUUAGGACCCUAUGAAGAGAAAGGAAAACAGCAUGUUGGCCAAGAUAUAUUGGUUUUUUAUGUUUACUUUGGUGACCUUUUAUGUACAUUACAUGAAACACCUUAUAACAUAACUACCGGGGAUUCAUUCUAUGUUCCUUCAGGUAAUCAUUACAACAUUAAAAACCUCUUGAAUGUGGAAAGUUCUCUUCUUUUUACUCAAAUAAAAAGGUGAAAUAAAUGUGCAUGUAUAUAAAAUAGAUUGUUUAUAUGUAAAUUUUUAUAAAUAUUAUUUUAAAGUAAAAUUUUUGUUUAGUUUUGUAUUAAUCAUUUCAUACUCCUUGUUAAACAUUUCAUAAUCUUGUAUGUAUCUUUUGAUUUUUCCUUGAGUGUAAAUACUAUGUUUAGUGAUGACCAUUUUGUUGGUAUUGCUUUGAUAAUAUUGAAAAGAAAAAAAAAACAAAACACCCCUGGCAGUGGGCAGAGUGGCACCUUGUUUGUGGUGGUGUUCUUAUAUCAGUCAGGGGCAGAGCACAUGGCAGUCCUUUGAUCAUCCUAGUUUGAUGCCUGGCUUGGUGGCCAAAGCUGUUUCAUGCCUAGGGCGCAUAAAAUCCUGACACUCUUCUGUUACUACUAUUCAAGCCUAGUGAUUACUGUGAAGCAAGCAUCUGAACCAAUAUACAAAAGGUGGUUAUGGCAUAAGGAGACUACAUGGGUGCCUCUUGUCGUGCCUGUAUGGGGGCACCAAUGUGCAUGCUGAGGUGCAAAAGUUGCAAAUGGGAGCUCCCCAUAUCAUCGUGAGCACCCCUGGCAGGGUAUUUGUAUGCUUAACUGGAGAUACCUGUCCCCUAAAUACAUCAAGAUGUUUGUACUGGAUCAAGCCGAUGAAAUGUUAAGCCAUGGGUUCAAGGAUCCAUAU